AUGCUUUUAUUUUCUCUAGCCACGCUCCUGGUGUUAUUGCCCACAAUAGUGUCUGCAGCCAUAUUUCCUCCUGACACCAAGGUCAAGAUGUUAGACCCAAAAGGUUUUCGUAAAGCUAUGAAAAGUAAUAGGACGAGUGUGGUUGCGUUUGUCGCCCCAUGGUGCGGGCACUGUCAACGGAUGGCUCCCGAGUACAGCAAGGCUGCUCAGAAUUUGAGUCCACUCAUUCCGUUUUAUGCGGUAGACUGCGAUGCCGAGUUGAACAAGCGGUUGUGCGGGGAACAGGGUGUUCAAGGGUUCCCAACCCUCAAAGUCUUCCCUCGUGGUGGCCAGACCGCGCCUGAGUCAUACGACUCCAAUGAACGUACUUCUGGCAAGUUCAUCCGCUGGGCCUCGCGCUCCGUACCCAACAACGUGAAGGCUCUCCCGCAUAUCCACGACAUCCCAGCGUGGUUGGACAAGACGAGCGACCUCCCACGUAUCAUCCUCUUGAACAAGGACAAGAAGUUUCCGCUGCUCUGGCAGGUCCUUGCGAAUAACUACCGGAAGAAGAUGGCGUUUGGCCAUCAUACAGACCCAAAUGGCGCAUUUGCGGUAUCGUUAGGGUUCCCAGCGACUGUGGAGGGCAAGACGUCAAAGGUCAUCGUGUAUCCACCAGGAUCCAGCGUGCCAAUUUUGUAUGAAGGGAUGACCAAGUAUGAGCCGUUGACCAAGUUUUUUAGGUCCAUAUUGGAUGGGUCAGCAGACAUCCUCCAAACGUCACCAGAACAAUCUGUCAGGGAUGAACUGUAA